AGUGACAUAGCUACUGACACUGACAGUCGAUUUGUCACGGUGAUUUUUUCUGUCGCGGGUGGUAGAAUCAAUCGUACAUUCUAAAAAUAAAUGGUUAUAAUUUCCGAAUUGGUUUAAGUAGGCGCACACGACGCAAAUUCAGCCUCCGAGCCCCGUAGUGUCGAGUGGAAACCAGGCGAUUUAUGUGUACGAUCGGUGCCAUCGUUUUAUUGCUGGAUUGGCCUUGCUUUUGACACCUCACACACCCAAGUUUUGUGUAAAAAGUUGUGUUUUUUCAUUGUUCACGUCGCAAUAACAGUCGUCCGACCAGCCGAAAUGCAGGCCAUAAAGUGUGUCGUCGUGGGCGAUGGUGCUGUGGGUAAAACAUGCCUGCUCAUCUCGUACACAACAAACGCCUUUCCAGGCGAGUACAUCCCGACCGUAUUCGACAAUUACUCGGCCAAUGUAAUGGUGGACGGAAAGCCCAUCAACUUGGGCCUGUGGGAUACGGCAGGUCAGGAGGAUUACGACCGAUUGCGGCCGCUCUCCUACCCCCAGACCGAUGUCUUUCUUAUAUGCUUCUCGCUGGUGAAUCCGGCAUCGUUUGAGAACGUCCGCGCCAAGUGGUACCCGGAGGUGAGACACCACUGUCCCAACACUCCAAUCAUCCUGGUUGGCACCAAGCUGGAUCUGAGAGAGGACAAAAUCACCAUUGAGAAGCUAAAGGACAAGAAACUGGCCCCUAUCACUUAUCCGCAAGGUCUGGCGAUGGCGAAAGAAAUCAGCGCCGUUAAGUACCUGGAAUGUUCGGCGCUGACACAGAAAGGCCUUAAAACGGUGUUCGACGAAGCGAUUAGGGCCGUACUGUGUCCAGUGAUGCCACCGAAGCCAAAACGCCGAUGUACUCUGCUCUAAUAGAGUUAAGUAGGCUCUAUUGUUAAUUAAACAGCGUGUGGACCUGUUUGGAGAGCCGGGCACUAACUGUCCUUCUGGGACUCUCCCCCCCUAACUCUCCUCUCCAAAUGUACAGGCACAACUCUUGACUAGAUCUUGUGGAUGUGCGUCUAUGUGAUUCACGUUUCAGUUGUAUAAUAAUAGCAAUGGUAAUAUACAGAGAGAUUCAAAAUGCAAAGAGCCCAGAGCUUAGUUAGGACGUAGUAAUUGUAUUUUGGGCGCGCUAUUUCUGAAUCUGCCUGUAUGCGAUCUGUCUUGGCAUUAAUGCAUUUAUUCUAUUUACAUGUUUACUGGGAUCUGGUGACUUGCCAUACAACCUGCGUACAAUUGUUUAUGCAGUACGAAACAGUUUUUCAGUUACGAAUCGCAAUUUUACAUGUUACAUUUGGGUUUACAUUUGUUGUUAUUGAUAGUCAUUUAACUUGCACGUUUUAGUAAUAAUAUUAAUAAUAGUAAUAAUAAUAAUAAUUGCUAUGUUAGUGAUAUAGUGGAAGGAGGGGCUGUGAGCCUGUUGGCUGUUUGCGAAUUGCGGCCUUCGCCAGCGAUUUGCAAAUCGGCCAAGUCCUCAAAGGCCCUUGUGGGUGCUCUACGGUUUCCGCCAUUGUUAUAUUGUCUGUAGAUUUUUGGUUAAAUGCUGGUUUUCUAGCUAAAUUCUCUUUAUAGUUAGCCAACAUCGAAGGUGUGAAGUUCACUGCCAGAAAACCGCACAAAACCGCCCAGGAAUUAAUUUCGUUUUGGUGAAUGAUUGUUAACUUAGUCUCAUAUCAUUGUGUACAUUUUGCGGUUCAGAAGCAAGAAUUCUGACGGCACCUGAUUGGCAAUGCGCUGUAAUAAACUGGCUUUUUCAUGUCCUGCCUCGGUUUUCUUUGCACAGACGCGCGAAUGUCCAGCUCUCUUCAAGCCAGUGUUUACUGAAAGGAACGCGCCCAACUCUGAAGAGGUGCAAAGGAAACGUUAAUCGCUACUUGUCCGUUUUCGUGUAAAUAGUUUCUGAACGCCUAUUUAGAUAGUGAAUUUAUGAUAACGUUAAGUAAUGAUGAAAUUGUGUUAUCAAUAUAUUUUUAUAUCGCUAUUAUUGUAAUUCCACGCUCAGGCUUGGAUCGGUUCACUUGGUUAAAGCACAGUCAACUGUUCGCUAAUGUUGUUUUCGACUUAGUGGAGGUUCAAUUUUUUCUUAGUUGAUAGGAAUUUAAUAAAUGUCGCAUUUAUAGACCGUAUUAACUAAUUGGGACUACUACUAUUACUACUACUGUGUGUAUUUUGUAAAUAUUAAAGAAUUAUAGAACAUAUUAAAAUUUAUAGAAUAAAGCUCAGAAAGAA